AAAUGGGAAAUUGCUAGAAGAUGAGGAGGAGAACCCCUGGGCAGUGGCGGCUAUGUUCUUAGAAGCAUGUCCCUUCAUUCUACUGAAUCGCUCCAGAUCUCAAUUACCGGUCUCAACAUUUUCAAAAUUCAAUCCAAUAUUACCCAACAACAACCACUCCCAAAUGUCGGAGAAGAUGGGAUGGAGACCUGGUGUGACGAAGUGAAUGAUCAAUUGGGGAAGAUGAAGAACCAGGUCGGAGAAGAUGAAGAACCCGGCCGGAGAAGAUGAAGAACCCUGCUCGAGAAGAUAAAGAACCGUGAGAUUUGCGAAAUCUAUAGCUUUUCCGUGAGAUUUGUGAUAUUGAUUUCCAUUUUAGGGUAUUUCUCUCAUGCCCAGGUAAAUGAGAGGGCAUGCAUGUCCCUCUAUUAAAUUGCUGCCAUGUGAUUGAUUAAGUAAAAACUUCAUUUCGUUUUAAAUUUAAAAAAUUGUAGUAAGGCUUGUCUUGUGCCUCUUGUUAGCAUGACACGCGUCUAAUUAUAGGCGAAGCGCUCCUUCGUCCUUCCAGUACCCGUUCUUUCUCUCCGCCGAGUUCUUCGCGCAGACGGAAGGAAAUUUCCUGCAAAUUCUCGCCUUUCCUACUUCUUCGCGUGAAAUCUGCGAUUUCCCAAGGAUUUAUAUUCCAUCUACAUCCCAGAUCAAUCGCAACGGCUCAACAUUCCAUCUUCACAAAGGAAAAUCUGCAAAUUAGUUUCCUGAUUUAUGCUCUACCCGUGUAUAGUGAUGAGGGGACCACGAAUUAUAUUGAGAUGGUGUUCAUGUAUGAACAUGUAUCAUAUCGAAUCAAGAAAAGAGUCGUUGACGCCUCGGGUGGUGCUACUUUGGUAGUAUUUGAGAAUGUUGGAUGUUUACUGCUUCAUAACUCGUGUUCCGAAAUGAUGAAAUAUUGUGAGUGUCCCGGGUGGAGACAUACAACCAUAUGGCUUCAAUGAGUUCGAUCCUUCCUAUAAUGUGAUUGACAUCUGUUUCAAUGAACAAACCAUCUAAAAUUCAAGGAAAUGUAUUCUACUUUUUUCAGCCCAGGUUUGAUUGCAUACAUAAUGGAAUAUAAAUUUGGCCUUAGUGAUAUUUUAAUUAGGUGUAAAGUCACGUAUGACUUUUCACUUGCUAAUAAUUUGUUGAUAUGUCAACCUGUCUUGGUCUGUCUUGGGAAUAGAUUGAUAUAACUUCGGGACUUUUAACCGGGGGAAAAUCAUCACAGCACAUAUACGUUCUCUAUACAUUCUCUGUGGAUGAGGCAUCACCAUGUGUAAAGGUUAAUGUUCAGCAAUCUAAAUAGAAAUUUAUUAACCUAUGUAGAUGUAGUUUUUUUAUAGCAUCUUCUACAAUCAAAGUCGAGUAUUGGC